GGCUUGACGCCGAUGACGCUCAAUCACUAACCCGGAAAUGGCAAAUGGCUUUUCUUCUUGUGCUCGGAGGAGCUCUGACCGCCGCUGCCUUCCUUUAAAAGCGUGUCGUCCAGCCGCGUCUCUCCGCUAGUGACGAGGCUGACCUCUGCUGGAGGAUUGACACCAGAGGCCAGCUGCCAGGCCCGGCCUCCCUGCUCCUGACCAUUGUUCUACAGCAAGGCUGCUAGCGGGCGCCAACAUGGGGAACCUACUGAAGGUUUUGACCUGCACUGAUCUGGAACAGGAGCCCAAUUUCUUCCUGGAUUUUGAAAACGCACAGCCCACAGACGCCGAGCGUGAGGUGUGGGAGCAGGUGGACGUGGUGCUGAAGGAUGCCAAGGCCAUCUUGGACGAGCUGCAGGCCUACAAAGGAGCAGGACAGGUGAUCAGAGAGGCCAUCCAGAAUCCAAAUGAUGAGGCGCAACAAGAACAGGCGUGGGCGGCGGUGGUCCCUCUAGUAGGAAGACUGAAGAAGUUCUAUGAGUUCUCCCAGAGAUUAGAGGCGGCGCUGCACAGCCUGCUGGGAGCUCUGACCAACGAGACGUACGCCGACCCCACGCAGCACCUGGAGCGGGAGCAGGCGCUGGCCAAGCAGUUUGCCGAAAUCCUGCACUUCACUCUUCGUUUUGACGAGCUCAAAAUGACAACUCCGGCCAUUCAGAACGACUUCAGCUACUACAGAAGAACGCUGAGUCGCAUGCGCAUCAACAAUCUACCGGCGGAGUGUGAGAACGAAGUCAACAACGAGCUGGCCAACAGGAUAUCUCUCUUCUACGCCGACGCCACGCCCAUGCUGAAGACACUAAGCGACGGCACCACCAGAUUUGUGUCCGAGAACAAGAACCUGCCUAUUGAGAACACCACAGACUGCCUCAGCACCAUGGCGAGCGUCUGUAAAGUCAUGCUGGAAACGCCGGAAUACCGCAGCCGCUUCGCCAGUGAGGACACCGUGUCGUUCUGCCUGCGGGUGAUGGUCGGCGUCAUCAUUCUCUAUGACUACGUUCACCCCGUUGGCGCCUUCGCCAAGUCGUCAAAGAUCGACAUGAAAGGCUGCAUCAAAGUGCUGAAAGAUCAACCUCCCAACACUGUGGACGGACUCCUCAACGCUCUCAGGUACACCACCAAGCAUCUUAACGACGAAUCCACCAACAAGAGCAUCAAGCUGAUGCUGCAGUAGCAGCAGGCUACCAGGAGGGCGGGGACACGCCACUCGUUGGACCCUUGCCGGCCAACGGAAUGUCUUUUCUUUGUCUCUUUCUAAAAGAAAAAGAGCUACAGCUCCGCCCUCUUUUUUUGUUUUGUGAUGCAAAAUGCUACUGCCGUCAUGAACGUCUUUUUCCGUGCCAAAAAGAUGUCGCUGAGCUACGACGUUUGCGCCUCAAGAGCCAUUCAACAAUGGCGGCUGACGCAAACGUGGUAGCUCCUUUUAACAACACUCCCUCUUUUCAAGGGACGCUUUGACUUGAACAUUUAAAAGAGAAAUAUAUAGAAGUUUAUAUUAUUUUUGUUUGAUUUGUUAUUUAAUGACUUUCUCUGCAUGAUAAGUGAUUAUUUUUCUCCUUGUCUAUUUAAAAAAAAAAAUCAGUUUGUCUGCGCUGUUGUGUAUCGCGUGUGCUGAAUGCAAAUAUGGUACUUUAUCGCAAUGAGAUUUAAGAAGUGUUUUUUUAUAUUUUUUAUAGCUACUCAAUAAGUACAUUGUCUCUUCAUAGUUGUGUUAUGUUUUUGCAGACUUUUAAACUGUGAUGUGUGCAAAAUGAAAAGUGUGUACUUAAAGAAGAUACAGGAAUUAAAAGGAGAACUUUUGUUU